ACGUUGAUCAUUUGCCUAGCUUUUGUAGCUUUUGAUAUGAACGGCGUAUACAAAUAAUAGCAUACGAGUAAUAAAGAUAUGCAGGUGUUGUGUGCUGUGUGAAGCUUAAAUACUAAAUUGAGCGUAUUAUCCAAAUUACUAUUAAACGAACUGUGAUCCCAAGCGGUGCUAGUCGGGGUGUUUAAGGUUUCAGUGGCUAAGUAAACUUAACAAUUACAAAUAAACACAACUGGUAGCAGCGGAAAUAUAGAAAUAAGAGCUCUUGCCAAUAGUGCCUGUCAAACUGUGGUCCUGCGAGUCGACAAAAUGACUGAAAGCGCAGAAAAUGUGCAUUUAAAUUAUAUUAAAGAAUUUGUCGUACCGCAAAUUCUAACACAAUUGCGAAAUGAAAAGUUGGUGACAUAUGAAUUGGAGCAUGCAAGUGGCCUAGAUGGUUUCAUGUCUGCGCUCUACAACAUCCAUUUGCGAACUGAAACGGCCAAUGGCGUCAAAACCCGUAUGCUUGUAGCCAAAUUCAUGAAAGGCGAUGUAGCCUUCCGUGAGUCUAGCAAGUCAUACAUACAAUUUGCCAACGAAAUAUUUGUAUAUGAACGCGUUUUGUCUGCCUUUGCAAAAGUGCUCGCUGCGGCUAAGCUGAACAUUGACGUGGAUGAUUGGGUGCCACACCCUUACGUGUCCAAGUUUGGCUACAUUGAAGGUUUGAGCGCUGCGCCGGGUGUACGUGAAUCAGUGCUAGUGCUGGAACAUCUCAAACCCAGUGGAUAUGUGCUGGGACCACGCCUUUAUCUCACACCUGAACACUUGUUGCCGAUGUGUCAGAAAAUUGGACAAUUUCAUGCCAUUAGUUAUGGCUUGCGGCUAACCGAUCCCAUGCAGCUGGAACUUUUGAGAAGCGAAGUAGUGACAUUGCCGUUUAUCAAUGAUGAGGAUCCGAAUGACGUGAAGGACAACUUUUAUCGCUACCUUUAUCGUGCUGCCUUUGACCGUUUUUAUGAUUUUUUUGAUCGCAAGAUUGACGGCAAUACUUUUGAUAGGCAAAAUGCAAAUGAUGUGAAAUUGAUUGAGCGAUUGCGUAGUUUGCGUGCGAAGUACAAUGAUGAGCCGACACGCUUGUUGGAGAAAAUACGCACCUGUGUGUUGGAUUGUGAGGAAGAUAAGAGCUUCGGUGCGAUAUUGCAUGGCGAUUAUAAUCGCAAUAAUGUGCUUUUCCGGUAUGAGGAGCAAAUAGGCGAUGAGGAACAGAAAGUGGCAGAUGUGAAAAUGAUUGAUUUUCAGGAAAUGCGUUACGGCAGCCCCUGUUUGGAUCUAAGCUUUUUCAUGUACAUGAACACCACGGAAGAGAUACGUGAAACUCUGUGGAUGGAGAUGCUCAAAACGUAUCACACAAAUAUGUAUGACACAUUGAAAGCAGUCGUCGAGGGUAUUGGAAAAGUGGAAGCAGCAAAGCUGGAAGCCUACAGUUUUGAUGAAUUUUACAAACACUACUCGCGCUAUGCGUUCUAUGGCGUUAUGAUUUGCCUGCACUUUUUGCCUUGGAUGCUCUCGAGCCCGGAGGAAUGUGCAAAAAUAUCCUAUCUUUUCGAAACCGAUCUGCAAGGCGAAGAGUUUCAUAGAGUUAGCAUGGAAAUUGGAGGUGAUGAGGUGAAUAUGAAAUUGUUGGCUGUGUUGAGACAUGCCUGCAAAAUGGGCUACAUGGAUGAACUUUAAUGGUGAAUGGAAGGUAAAAGAAAAAGGAAAAUAUGGCGCUUGCAUAUGGAAAAGCAAAUGUGUCUGAGCAGAAAUGUAUGUUUGUAUGAGUCAGGUGAAGCAAAAUAUAUUAUUUGUAUGUAGAUAAUGAAAACGAAAUUAUAUAAUAGAUAAAGAAAUUUUGUAAAGCAUCAAGGUUCGAAAACUCAGUGAAACGCAGCCAAAAUGCAGUGGUACAACAAAUAAUCAAAUGUAAAUAGGACUGAGUACUAUGACGAAUAUAUGAAACUAACUUUUAUUUUAUAUACGAAUGAUAAUAAAAAGAGAUUUUCGAUUUUAA